GGGAAAGGGAAAGGACAAACUCUCUGGUUCCAAUGGGAGCAGUGGGGCCCACUCUUGCUUUGCGAUUUAUCCCAAAAUUCUAGCUCCUCCACUUCCACUCCCACUCCCACCUCCAACUCCACCUCGUCCGCAUGUUGAUUAGGGUUCUUUCAUCCUUAUGUAAUAACCAUUACAUACAUCUGUAUAUAUAAUUAUAUAUACACAUAUAUAUCUACUCGCAGAGAAUUGCUCUCCACCUCUCUCUGUCUCCGCUCUCCUCCCGCCAAUUUCGCAUCCCGGUUCUGUAAUCAUCCAGUGGGAUAGUGGUGUAUUUAAGAUAUUGAGUUUAAAGACUAAGAGAUUUGUUGUUGCUAGGAGAUAAAAAGUCGAACAGAUCGUAUAGGUUUGUCCUCUAUUUGUGUCUUGGACGCAGUCUAGCUCCAGUGCCUGCUGAAACAUGGGUCACUCGUGCGAUUUUUGUGGGGAGGAAAGAUCCAUGGUGUAUUGCCGAUCUGAUGCUGCUUGCUUAUGUUUGUCCUGCGACCGGAAUGUUCAUUCUGCAAAUGCCCUUUCCAGGCGCCACUCAAGGACCCUUGUGUGUGAAAAAUGCAAGUCCCAACCCGCAAUAGUCAGGUGUGUUGAAGAGAAUAUCUCACUUUGUCAAAAUUGUGAUUGGAUUGGGCAUGCCGGAUCUAAUUCAGGUUCAGAACACAAGAGGCAGACUAUUAAUUGUUACUCUGGUUGCCCUUCAGCAGCAGAACUUUCAAGGAUCUGGUCGUUUGUUUCAGAAUUUCCUUCUGUUGAUGAUUCUAAUUGUGAGCAGGGAUUUGGUUUAAUGAGCUUGACUGAUAAGAGUGGUAGUAACUGCUUGCAGCCACUGGCAAAUAACAACACAACAGGUGAAGCUGUGGCUGGUGGAAUGUAUGAUAUGGGAAAUAAAGAUAAUAGUAGUUUUUGGAUAGAAUCAUCUUCAGUGAAUGCUAAAAAUCACAUCCCAUCUGUUGUUAACCGGCCCACUGGAUCCUUAAAAUCAGCAAUUGCCAAGCCAUGCUGCUCUGAAAUAAAAGAUUUUGAGCUUUGUGAUGAUGAUGAUUUCUACAAAGACUUCAAUAUGGCUGAUAUUGACUUGAGUUUGGAGAACUAUGAAGAACUUUUUGGCGUAUCUCAAAAUGAAUCCCAACAGCUCUUGGAGAAUGGUGGAAUUGAUAGCUUAUUUGGAAUUGAGGAUAUGAUGGGUGCUGAUACCAAUACACAAUCUUUUUAUGCUGCUGAGGGCUCCUCUGCUGUACAAAUUAAAUCACAGCCGGCAUGCAGCAAUCCAGCAUCUGCUGAUUCAAUGAUUAGUUGUAAAACUGAUCCAAAUCUUUGUUUCCCAAGGCAAGCAUAUUCUAACCUCUCAGUCUCAUUCUCCGCCCUCACUGGCGAGAGUACUUCUGGAGAUUAUCAAGAUUGUGGGGUGUCUUCAAUGCUUCUAAUGGGGGAACCUCCAUGGCAUAACCCUGAAAAUCCAUCUCCAUCAGCUGACAGGGAUAGUGCUGUCUUACGCUACAAGGAGAAGAAGAAGACACGCAAGUUUGAUAAAAAAGUAAGGUAUGCUUCCCGCAAGGCAAGGGCUGAUGUGAGGAAGCGGGUCAAGGGACGUUUUGUGAAGGCUGGUGAUGCAUAUGAUUAUGAUCCCUUAUGCGAUACAAGAACCUACUGAGUGUACAGUUAAUGUCUAUUUGGAAGGGAAAGAAGCAUAAAGUUAUUACGGAGUGUUGAUUAUAUAUCAAUCUCUUUUUGAUGAAAGAUUGGAUGGAGGCGGCUGAAGCAAUCUGUUCAAAAUUUGAUUUGAAGGAGUUGGUUGAAAGUGCUCAAAAAUGAAAAAUUUGAAGGCUUGGAAAUUAUGGGGUGAUGAGAGGUGAAACUGGCUGUGCCCCCUCUUAGCUUCUUUUUCAAGUGGUAUUUCUGAUUUAUCGGGGUUGUGGAGUCACAUGAGCAAAAUCCAUUUUCUCGCUUUAUGAUUUAUUUCGUAUGUUUCUGUGUCUCUGUCUCUGUCUGUCUGUCUCUCUCUCCCCAUCAUCAGGACUGGAAGUUGCUUACCAGGUUAUAACGAGUGCUGGUGUACAAAGAUGAAGUCCGAAGAUAAUAUUUGGUCAAAACAUGUUUGUAAAAAUAUUCCCUUUUGUUAUUUGGGACAUGUAGCAAAAGGUUGUAAUGUAACUCGAGAGGAACAUGAUUGAUAUGUAUAUGGCUGAGAGGAACUUAGUCUUUAGUAAUUCAAUUUAACAGAACGAUUUGUUUUUGUGAGGAAAAUAAAAUAAAAAAAAAUGUAUGUAAAAAAAAAACAUAAUUGUAAUUCCAUAAAUGUCUUAUAUGCUAUAAUAUAUGUUAAUGUGAUUGUAAAUA